GAUGACAAAACGAAGAUUCAUAAUUAAAGGUUAUGAGUUUGAGUGGUGUUAAUGCGUGAAGUUUCAAAAUUCUCAUCGUUUAUGGCAAAUAUUAAUGUUGAAUCAUGAUUUCUACUACGCCACGUAAAGCCACAUGUUACCAAGUGUCGCUGCCGUUCCGCCUCUUUGUUUCUCCGCCUCAUACACAGAUUCAUACACCUUCACAGCUGCCGCAAGACUUCAAUUUUCAGCACCGGAGCUGCGUUUCGGGAAAAAAUUCCGCCACCCGUUUGCAGUAAAAUCCGUGUUCGGAGCCGACUCGAUUAGUUCCUCUCUAGUUGAUGAGCCUAGAAAGGAGAUUGUUCAUGUGGAACCUGUCUAUGAGCCGACGCCUCCUAAUCGCCCAAUCCGAACUCCUCACAGCGGGUACCAUUUUGAUGGGACUUCUCGGAAAUUUUUUGAGGGCUGGUACUUCAAGGUGUCAAUACCAGAAUGUAGACAGAGUUUCUGCUUCAUGUAUUCUGUUGAGAACCCAGCAUUUCGCAAAAAAUUAAGCACACUGGAGGAGGUACAGUAUGGACCUCGAUUUACUGGUGUUGGAGCUCAAAUUCUAGGGGCUGAUGACAAGUAUAUUUGUCAGUACACUGAAGAAUCUCAGAACUUUUGGGGAAACAGGGAUGAGCUGACGCUAGGUAAUACUUUUGUGGCACAAGAGAAGAUGCAGCCUCCAAAGAAAGAGAUACCUCCACAGGAGUUCAACCGAAGAGUUGUGGAGGGCUUCCAAGUAACCCCACUUUGGCACCAAGGCUUUAUUCGUGACGAUGGAAGGACGAAUUACACCGAGAUUGUGAAGACUGCACGCUGGGCAUACAGCACCCGUCCUGUUUAUGGAUGGGGAAAUGUUGGGUCCAAGCAAAAGUCGACGGCAGGAUGGCUUGCUGCAUUUCCCGUCUUUGAACCUCACUGGCAGAUAUGCAUGGCAGGCGGACUUUCAACAGGUUGGAUUGAAUGGGAUGAUAAGCUAUACGAGUUUAAAAAUGCUCCGUCAUAUUCUGAAAAGAAUUGGGGUGCGGGCUUCCCCAGGAAGUGGUUCUGGGUGCAAUGUAAUGUCUUUGAAGGAGCGGAUGGAGAAGUUGCUUUGACUGCUGCUGGUGGAUUGAGGCAGGUGCCUGGGUUGAGUGAGACUUUUGAGAAUGCUGCCCUGUUUGGAGUUCAUUAUGAUGGGGCUUUUUAUGAAUUUGUACCAUGGAAUGGAGUGGUUAACUGGGAAAUUGCUCCAUGGGGUCAUUGGUCCAUUUCUGCAGAGAAUGAAAUGUACACGGUGGAAUUAGAAGCGACAACAAAAGAUCCUGGCACAACACUUCGUGCUCCCACCACUGAGGCAGGGCUUGCUCCAGUUUGCAAGGACACGUGUUUUGCUGACUUAAGACUGCGAUUGUGGGAACGGCGCUACGAUGGAAGUGAAGGAAAGGUUAUUUUGGAUGUUACGAGUAACAUGGCAGCUGUAGAGGUUGGAGGAGGACCAUGGUUCACCACAUGGAAAGGCAAGACUCAAACACCAGAGAUUAUUAAACGUGUAGUGGGGCUUCCAGUUGAUGUAGAAGGGAUGUUUGGUUUGGCGCCUUUCCUCAGACCUCCCGGCUUGUAAAUAGUGCAUUGAUUGCAGUGGUUAAUCAUGUUUCUAUGAAAUACAUAGGAAUAGGAAGAACUAGCAACCCCACUUCAUCAUCCUGAAGCAGGUUCAAUGAUAUUUCUGAGACUGCAUCCAUGUUAUCUUAGUAGUAAACAAGAGUUUUACAGUUCACAACUCA